UCUCCAAAUUCUGAGCUCUCAUCAUGGCGGCGGCGGCCGCAGCGGCCGUCGGGGGCCAGCAGUCGUCCCAGCAGGAACUCCCCGCGUCGGGACUGGCCCUAGACAAGGCGGCCACUGCCGCUCACCUGAAGGCGGCCCUCAGCCGGCCAGACAACCGGGCAGGUGCUGAGGAGCUGCGGGCGCUGCUGGAGCGGGUGCUGAGCGCCGAGCGGCCGCUGGUCGCGGCUGCUGGCGGCGAGGAGGCGGCGGCCGGCGGCGGGGGCGGUCCGGGGGCGGCCGAGGAGGAGGCCCUGGAGUGGUGUAAGUGCCUUUUGGCCGGCGGCGGCGGCUAUGACGAGUUCUGCGCUGCGGUGCGGGCCUACGACCCCGCGGCGCUCUGCGGCCUGGUGUGGACAGCCAACUUCGUGGCCUACCGCUGCCGGACCUGCGGCAUCUCCCCCUGCAUGUCCCUGUGCGCCGAGUGCUUCCACCAAGGCGACCACACCGGGCACGACUUCAAUAUGUUCCGCAGCCAGGCCGGGGGGGCCUGUGACUGUGGGGACAGCAAUGUGAUGCGGGAGAGUGGGUUUUGCAAAAGGCAUCAAAUUAAAUCAAGUUCAAAUAUUCCCUGUGUCCCCAAAGACUUAUUGAUGAUGUCUGAAUUUGUUCUUCCAAGAUUUAUUUUUUGUCUUAUUCAGUACUUAAGAGAAGGCUAUAAUGAACCAGCAGCUGAUGUACCAUCAGAAAAAGACCUUAACAAAGUUCUUCAGCUUUUGGAACCUCAAAUUUCAUUUUUAGAAGACUUAACUAAAAUGGGAGGAGCAAUGCGAUCUGUUCUUACUCAGGUUUUAACAAACCAACAAAACUACAAAGAUCUGACUUCUGGUCAUGGAGAAAAUGCUUGUGCAAAGAAAAGUCAUGAAAAGUACCUCAUAGCUUUGAAGAGCUCUGGACUUACAUAUCCUGAGGAUAAACUUGUAUAUGGUAUGCAGGAGCCAUCUGCUGGUACUAGUACUCUGGCAGUUCAAGGUUUUGCAGGUGCAACAGGAACACUGGGACAAGUAGAUUCUUCAGAUGAGGAUGAUCAGGAUGGAAGUCAAGGUCUGGGCAAGAGAAAGAGAGUAAAACUAAGCAGCAGCACCAAAGAUCAGUCCAUAAUGGAUGUUUUAAAACAUAAAAGCUUCCUAGAAGAACUGUUGUUUUGGACUAUCAAGUAUGAAUUCCCCCAGAAGAUGGUAACUUUCUUACUCAACAUGCUUCCAGAUCAAGAGUAUAAGGUUGCUUUUACAAAAACUUUUGUUCAGCAUUAUGCUUUCAUUAUGAAAACACUGAAGAAAAGUCAUGAAUCAGACACAAUGUCUAACAGAAUUGUGCAUAUUAGUGUUCAGUUGUUCAGCAAUGAGGAGCUAGCCAGACAGGUAACAGAAGAAUGUCAGCUGCUGGAUAUUAUGGUCACUGUGCUAUUAUACAUGAUGGAAAGUUGCCUUAUUAAAAGUGAGCUACAAGAUGAAGAAAAUAGUUUACAUGUGGUAGUAAACUGUGGAGAAGCAUUGCUGAAGAAUAACACUUACUGGCCUCUUGUUAGUGAUUUUAUUAAUAUUCUUUCUCAUCAAAGUGUUGCUAAGAGAUUUUUGGAGGAUCAUGGUUUGUUAGUUACAUGGAUGAACUUUGUAUCUUUCUUUCAAGGUAUGAAUUUAAACAAGCGAGAACUAAACGAACAUGUGGAAUUUGAGUCUCAAACCUACUAUGCUGCCUUUGCUGCUGAACUUGAGGCCUGUGCUCAGCCAAUGUGGGGGCUCUUAUCACAUUGUAAAGUUAGGGAAACUCAAGAAUAUACCCGAAAUGUUGUUAGGUACUGCCUUGAAGCACUUCAAGAUUGGUUUGAUGCUAUUAACUUUGUAGAUGAGCCAGCACCCAACCAAGUCACUUUUCAUCUGCCGCUACAUCGUUACUAUGCUAUGUUUUUGAGUAAGGCUGUGAAAUGUCAAGAAUUAGAUUUGGAUUCUGUUUUACCAGAUCAAGAAAUGUUAAUGAAACUAAUGAUUCACCCACUCCAAAUUCAAGCAAGUCUUGCUGAAAUCCACAGCAAUAUGUGGGUAAGAAAUGGUCUGCAAAUCAAAGGACAAGCCAUGACCUAUGUACAAUCUCAUUUCUGUAAUUCCAUGAUCGAUCCUGACAUUUACCUGUUACAGGUUUGUGCUUCUAGACUUGACCCAGAUUAUUUUAUUUCAUCUGUUUUUGAAAGAUUUAAGGUAGUGGAUUUGUUGACAAUGGCGUCACAACAUCAAAAUACAGUACUUGAUGCAGAGCAUGAGAGAUCUAUGUUAGAAGGCGCUCUCACUUUUCUUGUGAUUCUUUUGAGUCUUCGUUUACAUUUAGGAAUGUCUGAUGAUGAGAUUCUCAGGGCAGAGAUGGUCGCUCAGCUGUGUAUGAAUGACAGGACCCAUAGUUCGUUGCUGGACCUCAUUCCAGAAAAUCCUAAUCCCAAAAGUGGCAUUAUUCCAGGUAGUUACAGCUUUGAAUCAGUUUUAUCAGCUGUAGCUGAUUUUAAGGCUCCUGUUUUUGAACCUGGAGGUUCUAUGCAACAAGGCAUGUAUACUCCCAAAGCUGAAGUUUGGGAUCAGGAGUUUGACCCUGUCAUGGUCAUUCUUCGAACAGUUUAUCGUAGAGAUGUACAGUCUGCAAUGGACAGAUACACUGCAUUUUUAAAACAGAGUGGAAAAUUCCCUGGAAAUCCCUGGCCACCCUAUAAGAAAAGGACAUCACUCCAUCCUAGCUAUAAAGGUCUUAUGAGACUUUUGCACUGUAAAACUUUACACAUUGUGCUAUUCACUCUGCUUUACAAGAUUUUGAUGGAUCAUCAAAAUCUGUCAGAACAUGUACUCUGCAUGGUUUUAUAUCUGAUUGAAUUAGGACUUGAAAAUUCUGCUGAAGAGGAAUCAGAUGAAGAGACAUUAGUGGGUGGACCAGAACAUUGUCAUGAUAGUUGGUUUCCUGGCAGUAACUUGGUGUCGAACAUGCGACAUUUUAUAAACUAUGUCAGAGUGAGAGUUCCAGACACUGCUCCUGAAGUGAAGAGAGACUCACCUGCAAGUACUAGCUCCGAUAGCUUGGGGUCUUUACAAAAUUCUGGUACAGCUCAAGUUUUCAGUUUAGUAGCACAACGCAGAAAGAAAUUUCAGGAGAUCAUCAAUCGCAGUAGCAGUGAAGCAAAUCAAGUGGUUCGUCCCAAAACAUCAAAUAAAUGGUCUUCUUCUGGUUCAGCUCCACAGUUAACUACAACCAUUUUGGAAAUUAAAGAAAGCAUAUUGUCUUUGCUAAUUAAACUUCAUCACAAACUCUCAGGGAAACAAAAUUCCUACUAUCCUCCUUGGCUUGAUGACAUAGAAAUUUUAAUCCAACCAGAGAUUCCUAAAUACAGUCAUGGAGAUGGCAUAACUGCUGUAGAAAGAAUUUUAUUAAAAGCUGCAUUACAAAGCAGAAUGAACAAACGCAUCAUUGAAGAGAUAUGUAGAAAAGUGACCCCUCCGGUACCACCCAAAAAAAUCACUGCAGCAGAGAAGAAAACACUGGACAAAGAAGAAAGGCGACAAAAGGCUAGAGAGAGACAGCAGAAAUUGCUCGCAGAGUUUGCUUCACGGCAGAAAAGCUUCAUGGAAACCGCAAUGGAUGUUGAUUCUCCUGAGAAUGAUAUUCCUAUGGAGAUUACCACAGCAGAACCACAAGUUUCUGAGGCAGUGUAUGACUGUGUUAUUUGUGGACAGAGUGGCCCCUCUUCUGAAGACCGACCUACAGGAUUGGUUGUACUGUUACAAGCAUCCUCAGUUUUGGGGCAGUGCCGUGACAGUGUUGAGCCAAAAAAACUGCCAAUCACUGAAGAGGAGCAGAUUUACCCUUGGGAUACAUGUGCAGCAGUUCAUGAUGUGAGGCUUUCGUUAUUACAGCGUUAUUUUAAGGAUAGUUCAUGUCUCUUAGCAGUCUCAAUUGGCUGGGAAGGAGGUGUUUAUGUACAAACCUGUGGCCACACAUUGCAUAUAGAUUGUCAUAAAUCUUACAUGGAAUCAUUACGGAAUGACCAGGUUCUUCAGGGCUUUUCAGUGGACAAAGGAGAAUUCACAUGUCCCCUCUGUAGGCAAUUUGCUAAUAGUGUUCUUCCUUGUUAUCCUGGAAGCAAUAUUGAAAAUAACCUUUGGCAACGUCCUAGCCACAGAAACAUACAAGAUCUCAUGAAGGAAGUGGAGGAGCUGCAGGGACGACCGGGAGCUUUCCCAGUAAGCAUCAGUUCUGAAACCAACUUAAGUAAAGAAAUGGAAUCCGUAAUGAAAGAUAUAAAAAAUACUACUCAGAAGAAAUACAGAGACUAUAGCAAGACCCCAGGCUCACCAGACAAUGAUUUUCUCUUUAUGUACUCUGUUGCAAGAUUAGGCAACGGAAGAUUUGUGAAAACAAAAUGUAUUGAUCUCAUUUAUAUUCCCUUGAUGAAGGAACACAUGCUGGUCUCCGCUUGCUUUCUGUCCACUAAUAUGAAAUCCUUGUCCCUGCUUCCUUGCUGGACCAAUUUGGAACUUGAAUUGAUUCAUCGAGGAGGCAAUUUAUGUUCAGGUGGUGCAAGCACAGCUGGCAAGAGAUCUUGUUUAAAUCAGCUGUUUCAUGUAUUAGCCUUGCACAUGCGGCUUUACAGUAUUGACUCUGAGUAUAAUCCCUGGAGAAAGCUCACCCAGUUAGAAGAGAUGAAUUCACAGCUGGGAAAUGAAGAACAGCAGCCUGAAGUUCCAAUUCUUUAUCAUGAUGUAACAUCUCUCUUGCUCAUCCAGAUCUUAAUGAUGCCACAACCCUUACACAAAGAUCACUUCACAUGCAUUGUGAAGGUACUUUUUACCCUCCUGUACACACAGGCUCUUGCGGCACUUUCAGUUAAAUGCAGUGAGGAAGAUAGGUCAGCUUGGAAACAUAUGGGGACUCUCAAAAAGAAUACAUGUGAUGCAGAAAAGUCUUAUGAAGUAUUAUUGAGCUUUGUGAUAAAUGAACUAUCUAAAGGAAAGUUAUACCAUGAAGAAGGAUCUCAAGAAUGUGCAAUGGUUACUCCUAUUGCUUGGUCUCCUGAAUCCAUGGAAAAAUACUUACAGGACUUCUGCUUACCUUUCCUCAGAAUCACCAGCCUUCUUCAGCACCACCUUUUUGGGGAAGAUUUGCCUAGCUGCCAGGAAGAAGAAGAAUUUUCAGUUCUUGCCAGCUGCUUGGGACUUCUGCCAACGUUUUACCAAACAGAACAUCCAUUCAUCAGUGCCUCUUGUCUGGAUUGGCCAGUUCCAGCAUUUGAUAUUAUAACUCAGUGGUGUUGUGAGAUAAAGUCAUUUACUGAAAGACAUUCAGAACAAGGAAAGGCCUUGCUUAUCCAAGAGUCAAGAUGGAAAUUACCCCACCUACUACAGUUGCCUGAGAAUUACAACACCAUUUUUCAGUACUACCAUAGAAAAACCUGUAGUGUCUGCACCAAGGUUCCUAAAGAUCCUGCUGUUUGCCUUGUUUGUGGUACUUUUGUGUGCCUGAAAGGACUUUGCUGCAAGCAACAAAGUUACUGUGAAUGCGUAUUGCAUUCUCAGAACUGUGGUGCUGGAACAGGAAUUUUCCUUUUGAUCAAUGCAUCAGUAAUUAUCAUCAUAAGAGGUCAUCGCUUCUGCCUGUGGGGUUCUGUGUAUUUGGAUGCUCAUGGAGAGGAAGACCGGGAUCUCAGGCGAGGCAAACCUCUCUACAUUUGUAAGGAAAGAUACAAAGUUCUUGAGCAACAGUGGAUUUCUCAUACUUUUGAUCACAUCAAUAAAAGAUGGGGUCCACAUUACAAUGGGCUGUGAUUCACCACCUCAGCAUUGCAUUAUAUCAUCAUUUUCAUUAAGAAUUUAUUUUGUCAACAAUAAGCUUUAAUUUAAUUUGGGGGAUUAGUGCUUUUACUGAGGGAGAAAAAGAAAAAAAUACAUGAUGAAGCCUUUCCAAAAUUAGGUGCUUGGUAAUCACGUUAAUGGUAUAAUAAUUUUUUUUUAAGUAUAUGGAGAACUUAACAAAUAACAAGUUAAAUUAUUCCAUAGUGGUCAUUUUUUUUUAAGUGCACAAUUAAUAAGCACAACUUGUUCACAAAAUCAUUCGGAAGUGAUUCCCCCCAAAAUGCAUAUCAGCUAUUCAUUGAUACUUAAAGUGGGUGUGAUUUAUUUGACGUUUUACUGCCUCUCUCUGAUCUACUAAGCAUAAUGCAUCUUUUUUCCUCUUUCAUUCUUGUGUUGAUUUGAGAAUUUUGCUGUAUGUAAUUAGAAAAAAGUGUAAAACAUGAUUUUUGUGAAAUAUUGUAUAGUAAAAGUUGGUCUAAUAGUAGAACUGUAAAAUUUUUCUUAUUGUGAAGAAUAUGUUAAAAGUUUAAAGCUUUGCUGAAAACUUAAUUCAUUCUCAGGAAUUUCAUAAAUGUUCUCCCCAGGUAAAUAAUUGAAAUAGCUGUAAAAUAAGUAGAUAGCUGCUGUUAAUAUAGUAGAGUACAUUUGGGGGGGGGUGUUUAUGUAUUGGUGGGGAGUCCUUAAAAAUAAAAACUUGGCCAUUUCAAUUGAAUGAAUUACUAAAGUGGUAAAAAAUAGAUUUAUCUAUAAAAUCAAAAGAUUUAAGAACAUACUCAAGACGGAUUUUGUGCAUGCCCACCUUUUAUUAACAACCAAGUUUUUGUUGAUGACUGGUUUAGAAAUGCUCAGACUUCCCUACAAAUGCACCAUAAGUUUUUGAACUUUAUUGUCAGUUCAAGAGGUUCAUCUAUACUGCAUUUGUGCAGUGUAAUCACUGCUAUUUCAGCUUAGUUUCCUAAAAGGGGGAAAAAAGCUCAGUGGUGAUGGCCUCAUGAAUGACCUAUGCAUCUGCGUUCUUCUCAGAAUCUGCUGUGAAAAGCAAUUUGUCUUUGCAGGGUUAUAAUCAGUAAGAAUUGGAAUGAUUAAGCUAAAACCCACUUUUUUAAGUAGGGAAGGAAGAUUAUAGAAAAGCAUGUUAUAUAUUUCUACCAAGAUUUUUUUUCCCCAGAUGAUUCAGUAAUUUGAUGAUUAUUUCAUGUAUAGUGCUAUCAAGCAAUUCCUGGUACUUUGGACUUCCAUGGCUUGUUAUAUAAAAUUACAUUUUUACAUGUAAAAAUAAACUUUAAAAAAUCUAAUGAAAAAUGUAAAAAUAACAUCAGACCUGUGUUCUAAAAAUUUUUGUAAUAACAUAUUACAGAAUAUGAAAGUGAACAUUAAAUGAUGGCCUUGCAUUAAAGUAGGGAAAACAGAGCAGUACAUAUUCAAAUAUGUUCAAAAAGUCAAAAAAUUACCUAUAGGUCUACAAUAAAAUACCUGGAAAUAGCUUGCUAUUUUUAUAUACAUUUCCAAAUUAUUAAGAUAACUUUCUGUAAGACUAGAAUGAUUCUGUUCCACUAAAUAGCUGUCCUUUCCAACACAUUGCUACUUUUUUAAAUAUUGUAUCCUAAUUUCAGCCUGUCAUAUUUUUUGCAUUGAUCAUUAUGAACACCAGACCAUUUAUAAGUGUGGUUGAAGAGCAAAAUGCUAAUUUACAUCUCUAGUAAAUACUGUUAAAGGAUUCAUGAACUUGAGUAAUUCUACAGUAUGAAAUUCUGAUGUUAUAUAUACACAUGAUACAAUGUAUUCAGACUUUGGUUACUACUUAUUUAAAAUGGAAUGUUUUAUGGUUGUGCAUAUGGAUGUGAAGUGAAAAUAUUAGCCUUAACUUUAAAAUUCGGAUAUUUGAUAGUGUUUAUUUUGAUAUUGGUGAAUUAGUCACCAGUAAAUUUUAAAAAAGCACUUGGUUGAAAAAUGUACUUGAAUACAUACAUGCAUGCUGCUAAACUAGAACUUUAAUUUUUUCCCAUAACUUUUAUAAGUCCCAUUUAUAAACCCACUUUUAAAAAUUACAGGUCUAAGUUAGAGUGAUGUGUGUAUAUUAUUAAAAAAAAUGUACUGGUGUGAUAUCUUGUAUGAAUGAUCAUUUAAAUACAGUACAUUACUGUAGAAGCUAAAUCAAUCUUUAUAAUUAAGCAGAAAUUACAAAACUAAGAAUAAUCAACAUUGUAAGAUAUGUUAAUAAAAACCUACCGUCAUUUGGAUUGUGAAAGGUCCUUAAAA